UGUAAGGACAGAUGGUGUCUUUUUUGUAAACGACUAGGGUGUCAUUAAUUCGACACUUUUGAACUCGUUCAAAGUGUAGGCAAUAUUACAGCUCUUGUUCUGGGGGAUGGGUUCGAUUUGUUUCUUUCGACAAACGUCGUCGUUGACAAAUGUAGACAGGUCAAAGUUGGAGUUCGGUGAGAAAUAGCGAUGCUAUCAUUAUAGGAAACUGAUAUAACGCAGACAUCCGGAAACGCAUCCACGCGCCACGGUUUUCUAGCAUGAUGUCAAUAUGCUUUAACAAUACAAAGGAUUCAUUCAAGGACCUCGAUUGAGAUGCCGUAUAUGCGCGUUUGUCAUGGGUGCGUCGACGCGGUUAAUUUGCUCUGCUCCAUACGGUUUUGGACUGUGUUUAUGGAAUGAUCCAAUCUGGAAUGAUUAAAUAGCCUGCAUUGAUACAUAUUCCGACAAUAUGGCUGAUCAGAGUAACAUCCAGUCUGCUGCUUCCAAAAGCAUCCGGCCAUUCAAGUCCAGCGAGGAAUACCUGUAUGCCAUGAAAGAGGACUUGGCCGAGUGGUUUAACACGCUGUAUGAACUGGAUAUAACGGCGGACACCUUUAUGGAAGGGCUGGAGACUGGCUGUGCCCUCUGUCGGCAUGCCAACAACGUGAAUCGCGCAGCGCUGGACUUUCAACUGGAGUACCCAGAGGCUGCACAGUCAUUGAGGAUGCCAACCAAGGAUGUGGUCUUUCAGUCAAGAAACGUGGUUCCUGGCUCGUUUUUGGCUCGGGACAACGUGUCGAAUUUCAUCGGCUGGUGUCGUCAGGAACUGUGGAUCAAGGAUGUUCUCAUGUUCGAGACCAACGACAUAGUGGAGAAAUGCAACGAGAAGAACUUUGUGCUGUGCCUGCUGGAGGUGGCGAGGCGUGGCGCCAAGUUCGGCAUGCUGGCCCCGAUGCUGAUCCAGCUGGAGGAGGAGAUCGAGGAGGAGAUCCGGGACCAGGAGAACCUGGGGGAGCCCAGCCCAAGCCUGCUUCCAAUAAGCAGGGCUUUCGUUCGGAAAGAGAGUGUGGUGGAUGAACCCGAGCCUGCCCCCUAUGCACAUUGGCAACAGAAACAGAGGGUGCUGUGUGACAUGAGAAACUUAGAUGAGUUGGUGCGGGAGAUCCUGGGCCGCUGCUCCUGCCCUGCCCAGUUCCCCAUGACCAAGGUGUCUGAAGGGAAAUACAAAGUGGGAGACUCCAGCGCUCUGAUCUUCAUACGGGUCCUUCGUACUCAUGUGAUGGUGCGUGUGGGUGGGGGAUGGGACACAUUAGAACACUAUCUGGACAAGCAUGACCCCUGCCGCUGUGCCGCCUUCGCUCACCGGUACCACCAGGCCAAAGCCAGCGGGCAGGGUGCCCACAGCAAGUCCUCCAGUGCCCACUCCUCCCGCUCCACCAGCCCAGGUCCACACUGGCGUAACGAGGGCAUUGCCCCAUAUAAGCCCCCUGACAGACGCACCCAGGGCCUGGAGCUUCCAUCAUGUACCCCCUCCUCCUCCACCCGGCCUGGCCGCUCCCACCACCCCUCCCUCCCUACAGAGCUCGACUCAAACGCAGGACGCACCCCCCUGUUACCACGACCACCGCGGGAACGCUCAGAACCCCGCCACUUCAACCCUGUCAGGUCUAAGGACUCGUCAUUGUUGCCAGUGACCCGCCGUCUAUCAGGGGACAGCGACUCCUCUACAGCCUCCUCUAAGGGAGGAGGAGGGACAGGGGGAGGCCGCUUCUCUCUGGGGGGCACCCGUCGCUCCGGAGAGGAGGUGGUGCUGUUGGUUAACAGGAAGGAGGGGAAGCAUAUAAUCGAGAGGCCUGGAGAAGGUGGACAGGGCCCAUCCCUGUGCCCCCCAAUGCCCCGCACACGCAGCCACUCCCGGGAUCGCCUUGCCCCCGCCUCCAUCCUCAAACCCAGCCCCCCACAGGGCCCCUCUGACGGGCUCAGGAGCAGCCAUGGGGAGAGGGGCCGCUCUCUCGGGCCCGAAAGUUCCCGCAGGCUCCAGACCCUGCGCUCCCACAGCCAGGGGAAGAUGCCCAGCCGGAGUCGGACCAGCGAUGCCAGCCCUGGACCCUCUCCACGUCAUGGGGGCUCACAGCCCCCAUCCUCUGACAGACGAGAGGAGCUCAGGACCAAACAACUGCCCCCCGCUUCCCCCAGAAUCAAUGGAGGUUUCUCCAGGAGACAAUCAUCCUCCUGCUCUAAUUCACCUAUCAAAGGGCUUCAGAGCAGCAGCCUCAGUAAGAAGACUAUAGUGGCUCCCCGGCCCCCCGCUCCACGCUCCCCCUCGGUGGGGAGGAGUAGGCUGCUGCCCACAGUCACCCAGGCAGGCCGGCGCUCUCCUCACUCCUCCUCCCCCCGCUCCCCUCACCACCAUGGGCAUGGACCCCGCUCCCCUCGAACCUCCCACGGCCCUCGCUCCAAUGGGCAUGGCCACAGGGGGUCGGCCAGCUCUGAGCGACAGGAACCUGAGGAGGUGGGGCCAGGCUAUUACUUUCAGAUCCUGCCCAACCUGGACCCCCAGAAAGAGCAGGACCUGUACCGCAGCUUUGAGGCUGAGUUCCUAGCUAACACAGGGCAGCGCAGAGGGUGGCCUAGUAGACCCACAGGGGGGGGCUUCAGCUUCCUGCCUCUUCACACCCACAGCAGGGGGUUGGGCCCCAAACCCUUCCCACGUCUGCCUCUGCUGACCCUAACGUCACUGACUCGGCCUACUCCUCCUCCAACUCCUCCAACUCCUCACUCAACGUGGGGGGUAAGGUAGGAGUUCUGCCUGAC